AUGACACAUCUCUUCAUGGAUAUGCCCAAUGCUGAUCUAAUUAUUCCAGGCACCAAGACUGUAGUGAACGUUACCAGAUCUGGCAAAGCAGUGACUCUCAUCAAUUUAUCCUUAACUGAGCCCGAAACUGUUUUUCGUGUGUUUAACGAAAUAAUGUACUUAAUGACAAUCCCUUCACUUCAUAGGUUCUUUCGGAAUCCAGAGACAGGAAGACUGAAAGAAAUCAUGGGCUUUAUAGUUGACAAUGGACCUUCAGAAGCCCCAGCCAGUUUUCUUGGCCAGAUGCUUCUCGUUCGCCUUUUGAAAUUCCUGGAUCUAGAUAAGGUCACACAAAGAUCGUUCGCAGAGUAUUUAAGCAAAAGGAACCCUGUAGAGCGAGUCCAUGCCGCUGAAAACAAUGCGCUUUCAAGUCAUGGGCCGUUCUCUUCAAAGAUGAUCCACAAGAAUGCUUCACCUGGAAGCAAGCAACACAAAGAGAACAUGGAGAGCAUGGCACGAGAAGUCAUCCAGUGCAUUGGUAAAGAAAUGUACAAUAAAGAAACAAUCAAGUGCUUCAGAGGAAUUGGUUCGGAAGAAAAGUUUAUCUUCACAGAUGAGGAGGGCUUAAAGUCGUUUGGUUUGUUGUCUGACGAGAGGAAGGAAGAGGAUGAAUCGAAGUAUCGGCCCAUUAACAAUGACAUGUUAGCAUAUCUUGAAAAUGUUUGGGGUGUGAACAAAAACUUUAUUGGAAGCUACAGCGACGACUACCGCACCUUGAAAUGUAACAAAACAGCCUGCACGGACAAAUACAGUACAUCUGUAUACCGCGAAAAUGAGUCAUGGAGAGGACAGGUGCUAGAGCAGUUUGAUCGACAACCCUUACCGGAUUACAAACGAUGGGAAGACUCUGGUGAGCUUCAUUACCAGAGCUAUGAGACCAGACGCGAUUUUGUAAGUGGACCAUGGGAUGAGUGCCCUGGUCUCUUUUUACCAGACAAGGUGCUUGAUACUUGUUUCCGGGCAAAUCCUGUUCCAUUGCCGGAAAAUCUGAAAGCUAUUGCUUUUAUUGCCUGGGUUUCCGUGGAGGAAACAGCACAGUACUUUGAUAACGCCAGAAAACAACUAAUGGAGCAAAAAGUGGAUGAUUUGAAAAGGGAAACCUGGAAGUUACACCCUCUUUAUAAGGAGAGCAGGGCAGCCUUAUUGAACAAGUGUACAGAGGCCAAUUUGAUAUCUUCCGGAAAAAAGUAUGAUCUGGUUCAGCGAAUCGUAGAAAACCAAGGCAAAGCGGACGAGAGAAAACUGCUGACUGAAGCUGACCUAUAUGAUGGCAAGCUAUCGACAAUCCCUAAUUCUACGGCAGGUCUCCUGAAGUUAUCUGUGGCGCAUUUAAGAGCUAUACUGAGGCGACACAAUAUUCUGGAAGUCAGCACAAAGGAUGAACUGAUAGCUAGAGUUGGGCUUCUUAAAGCCGGUCACCCGGAGGCAGCAUUUUCAAGAGAACGUUUGUGCAUUCUGCAAUACAUUACAGUGGCCAAACAGAUUUACAGAAAUCAGGCGGAGAUGUCCUCCAUCUGUCGUUCAAGGACAUUCGCGCAUGGAAAAGAGGAAACUCUAACCACCACAAAGUCUUGUCUAUGAGAUAUGAUAAAAAGCAAGACACCAGCCAUAGAAAUUAGCAAUUCAGAACGAAAUUUGUACAGUAUUCUUAUACCGUUGGAAAAUGAAGUUGCACAACAGGAACAAAAAGUAAGAGCAAAUAUUGAUGAGUUGGAAAAAAAGGCGGUGAAGAAGCCAGAGAGUGUAAAACUGAAAGCACAAACAAGCAAAGGGAACGAGACUGAAAGCACUAGGCGUUCCGAUAGAAAGAGGAAACAACCAGCUAAACUACUGGAGUCUGCAAAUUCACCGAAUCAUUUGUCGCAUGUCGGAACUAUAGUGGAUGUCCUGUGGGCGGAGGAAGAAUUAGAAGGGACAAACUGGAAACCAGGAUGGUAUCGCGGAGAGGUCCAGCAAUAUGACGAAGAUGAUGAUUUGUUGUACAUUUUAUAUUUUAAAGAUCGCGCUGUUUUUAGCUUGAACGCAACUGGUGCUUUUUCAGAUGGCAUUAUUUGUGCAGUCAGUUGA